AUGAGCAAUCGAAGGAAUCAUUAUCUUCAACAGACAGUACCGAAUCUAACUGCUGGUACUUCCACAUUAACUGAAGCAAAUCAACUGAUGAAUAUUCUAUCCCGAGAAAACAAACUAUCCAAUCUAUUCACAUCAUCAUCACAAGAACAUAUCACAACCAGUCGAAAUACUCCUUCUACAAACAGACAUGAAAGUAGUCGCCAGGAAAAGAAAAGAAAAAGACUUCAAAUAGGUGGAGAUAUCAAUACAUUAAAUCAAGAACUUGAGUUACUUUCCGAAGCGGAUGAAACAAUUGAUUUUUCACAAUUUAAAACCAGAACUCAAGCAGUUGGGACAAAACAAACCAAAACAACUUCAUAUCGACCUGAAUCAAAAUCAUCCAAACGUACCAACAGCAACAAUAGAUAUGAUAAUCUUCCUUCGAGUGGGAUCAUAACUGAACCACUUAAAAAUAUUGAUGUGAAAGAUUAUCAUAAAUUCUUAGACCCAUUGAUGUCGGAACCAGAUAAGAUGAGACAAUUAUUAAUAUGGUGUAUGAAAAAGGAAAUGGAAGAUGAUGAACAGCAACCGCAUCGAGAUGCGGCAAUACAAUCAGAUGAAAGAACUGCUUAUAAUAUCGCAAAAGUGGUUAAAGAAGAAAUCAUUAAAGACUUAAUAGAACAAGAAGUUUCGACAAAUUGGUAUGAUAGUAACAAUACGAAUUUGAAUUCACUGGUAUUAUUGCCCAAUCCGCAGAAUACUUCAACCUUAUUGGAUAUUGAAACUUAUUCCAAACAAUUGGAACAAUUAAGAGAAGAAAAGAUGAAAUGGAGACGGGCUUUUGAAAGUUCAAUUAAUGAGGUGAAUCAAAUACGAUUUGACCCUGAUAAAAUUAAUAAAGACAAAUUGUCUGAAUAUAUCCAAACCCAUCAUCCAGAUAAGAAAGGUAUUGUGGAUAAUUCAUUAAUAAAUAAAACAGUUGCCAAGUAUGAAUCCACUAAGAAACUAAUACCUGAAUUAGAACGGAAAAUUAAUCAAUUAUCGGCAUCUUCAUAUAUGCUUGAAAGUUCAACCCGUCUAAUUAAGAAUAUUGAAGAUAAGAAAAUCUUACCGGAUGUUGAAAGAUAUUUACUGGAUUAUAUGAAUAAAGCAAGUGUUGAAAAUUAUAAACUAUUACAAGAAAAGGAAGGUGUUAGUCAUUGGCCAAUUCCUACUGAACCGAUCACUGAUAAAGAGUUAUUAGAGGGGAUUUGUCGGGUUGAAAUGAAGGCUGCUGAACUUGAAGAGAUAUGA